AUGUCGGACCGGGACAUGAAGCAUGGCGGCGGCCACGCGGACGCCGCCUCGGGACUACAGCACGUCGACUACAGCUCGCAAUACCCAGAAGUGGUCUCACCGCCGUCACUGCCAGAAGUGGUCCCGGAGCCGCGCUACUACGACCAUCCGCAUCAGCAGCAUCAGCAUCAUCAUCAACAAUGGGAUCAGCAGCAGUGGGCAUACCCGCCACCGCCACCCAGCGACCGACCGACCAGCGCCUACCCGGACUCCCAGGCAGGCUGGACCAGCGUGUCGCAGCGGGAUCCAUAUCCAGCGUCGGAGGGGGACAAGUCCGCGGCAGCAGCAGCAUCGUCGCCCAAGACCAUCCUGGGUGUGCGGAGGCGCGUGUUCUGGUGCAUCAUCGGCCCGCUGCUGGUGAUAUUGGGGAUCGGCCUGGGCGUUGGCCUCGGGGUCGGCCUCUCCUCAAAGAAACCCAGCAGCGUGAGCAGUGGUGCAACGCCGAGUAGUUAUCCGCCUGCCCCCGAUCCGCUCACCUGCCCCGCCGGCAACGGCACGCUCUACACCGAGCCCGUGGCCAACGGGGGAGACUCGUUCCUGGUCGUGUGCAACGUCGACUACAACGGCAACAACCCGUCGUCCGGGACGACCGACCUGGCCAGCACCACCGCCGCCACCGUGUACCAGUGCAUCAACACCUGCUCCGGGAACAGCGAGUGUGCGGGCGCCUGGUUCGGCGACCUCUCCGGCAAGAAGUGGUGUUUCCUGAAGAGCAGGCUUGGGGUCCAGGGCCCGUCGGCGGGCAACGCCAUCUUUGUGAUCAGGCAGGCCAAGUAG